CACAGACUGAGACUCUGUUCACAGACAGACACUGAACUGAUUGUAUGACUGACUGUAUGUAUGACUAUUGAGUACUGCAUUGCGAUUACUGGUUGUGAGUCUGAAUGAGUACUCAAUCUCACGGAUUAACAGUGAUUACAAUCAAAUCAAUCCAUUGUUUUGUCGCAUAGUUUGUCAACACUUUGUUUGAAGCAAAUAAUGGACACAAUCUCUACCAUCGAGUCCAACGUCGAGCCAAUAGUUUCCGUACUGUCGAUGACAUCGCUGUUCAAGAAUAGAGAGGAACAGCUGACGGAUGAGGCGAACGGUGUGUAUGAGAAGAGCAAAGAGGACUGUAUUUCUUCAUUCGACUCGUGGUGUGAAUCGGAUCAGACAGACUUCGUCGAGUACUUGCUGUCGAAGAUGUCUCACUGCCAACACUCGCAAAUCAAUUCAUAUCUCAAACCAAUGCUUCAAAGAGACUUCAUUUCAUUACUGCCGAAGAAAGGCUUGGAUCACGUGGCGGAGACGGUGUUGUCCUAUUUGGACGCCAAGUCGUUGUGUUCAGCGGAACUGGUGUGCAAAGAGUGGUAUCGCGUUAUCUCUGAGGGAAUGCUGUGGAAGAAACUCAUCGAAAGUAGGGUUCGAACGGAUUCUCUUUGGAGGGGAUUAUCACACAGAAGGGGAUGGGUGCGAUACCUGUUUAAGCCGAGUGCUGGUGAACAACAUCCGGAUCACAUGUUCUAUAGAAGACUAUUCCCUAAAAUAAUUCAAGACAUCGAAAGCACUGAAAACAACUGGAGGUCCGGUCGACACAAUCUUCAACGCAUUAACUGUAGGUCUGAAGCGAGUAAAGGAGUCUAUUGUCUCCAAUACGAUGACCACAAAAUCAUUAGUGGAUUAAGAGAUAAUACAAUUAAGAUAUGGGACCGCACUUCACUCCAGUGCUCCAAAAUACUGACCGGACACACGGGUUCCGUACUAUGUCUUCAAUACGACGAGAGAGUGAUAAUCAGUGGUUCGAGUGAUGCGACGGUACGGGUGUGGGAAGUGGUGUCCGGACAGAUGGUCAACACUUUGAUCCAUCACUGCGAAGCUGUGCUUCACUUGCGGUUCAACAACGGAAUGAUGGUUACCUGUUCUAAGGACAGGUCCAUCGCUGUCUGGGACAUGACAUCUCCCACUGAUAUUAACUUAAGACGUGUACUCGUGGGCCACAGGGCGGCCGUCAAUGUCGUCGACUUCGACGAGAAGUACAUCGUUUCUGCUUCUGGUGACCGAACCAUCAAAGUCUGGAAUACUUCUAACUGUGAGUUUGUGCGGACUCUUAAUGGACACAAACGAGGCAUCGCUUGUCUUCAAUAUCGCGACCGACUUGUGGUCAGCGGCAGCUCUGACAACACCAUCAGGUUGUGGGACAUCGAGUGCGGCACGUGUUUGCGAGUACUGGACGGACACGAAGAGUUGGUCCGUUGUAUUCGAUUCGAUAACAAGCGGAUAGUCAGCGGAGCUUAUGAUGGUAAAAUAAAAGUAUGGGAUUUGGCGGCAGCUCUGGACCCGCGAUCACCGAAUGGUACGCUAUGUCUGCGAACUCUUGUCGAACACACGGGUAGAGUAUUUCGGCUACAGUUCGAUGAGUUCCAAAUCGUUAGCUCUUCACACGACGACACUAUCCUAAUCUGGGAUUUCCUGAGUCCAGAAGCGCCGGCGCCCACCACUAAAAACCUGCACUCGCCCUCCCGAUCGUACACUUUUGUCUCCUCAUAACCACUCACUCCUAAUAUAUUGCUUUCAAUUGAUAAUUAAUUAUAUAUUAAUCAUUGAUAAGAUUGUGAAAACAGUUUAUUUUAUAAUUUUUAGCCAG